UUUUCUGGCGCUAUUGGGUUGGAACAGUCGCUGGAAAGAUAAGCCGCGCGAUUUAUAUUCAAGCGGUGUCCGUAAUUAUAGUUCGCAUUUUCGACCUAAAUAGUUUUCGAAAUCGCGGAUAAUAAAAGGAACAUGAUAAUAAUUGAUAUUGCUAAUUGGCCUCCAGAGGUAACACUCUUAUUUGUCAGCAGACAGAUUAAAAUUGAAGGAGGAUCGAUUAAAAGUAUCACGUUUCGAAACAACGAGUAUCCUUUAUCUUCACGAAAACAAUUACGAGAUAAAUUCGCUUUUGCAUAUCUGGUGGAACCACAAAGCGUUCCGCUAGUGAGCGUACUACAGUGGAUAAGGGUUACGUAUAUAAGGAAAGGAACGAUACUUUGCAGUGUCAGACUAAGUAGCGCUCUAGUUCGGAACAAGGCAUAGGACCAUGAUUCAAACACGAAUAAUAAUUCUACUGUUUCUAGCGAUCGGUGUCAGUUCAGGCUUGCCGGCCAAGAGUCACCGCGGAUCCCACGGUCAUCCUGUACCGCCGGAGCCUCGGUUCGAUGGGGUGUUCGACAACGAUCAUGAUCACAAGGAAGUCGCCGAUAGUAUAAAUUCCUGGAGCCCGAGUGAUCCGCAAAAUGUCUGGGAGCUGAGUGGUUUAUACGAAGGUGAUAUAAUGAUCCAUCCGGAUAGUCCCUCGUGGAAAAAUGGUCUCUUGGACGCCACAGCGCGAUGGCCCGGCGGUGUCGUGCCGUACUUCAUAGAGGAAAAUGAUUUCGAUCGGGACGAAAUCGAACUGAUCAAAGAAGCUAUGCAGGAGUACCACGAGAAAACUUGCUUGCAUUUUCGACCUUACAAGGAUACCGAUGAGGAUUACGUGAAGAUACAGGGGAAAAAGUCGGGAUGCUGGUCCCUGGUGGGUCGUCACGGUCAUGGACAGGUGUUGAAUCUACAGAAUCCGGGAUGUAUUCAUCACGGUGUUGUCGUGCACGAGCUCAUGCACGCCUUAGGCUUUUACCAUCAACAGAGCGCCGCAGACCGAGACGAGUGGGUCACCAUACAUUGGGAGAACAUCAAAUUCGGUAAGGAGCAUAACUUCAACAAGUAUGACAACCGCACUGUCACCGAUUAUGGCAUCGGCUAUGAUUACAAGAGCGUCAUGCACUAUAGCUCCCAUGCGUUCUCCAGUAACGGAGAACCUACCAUUACGCCGAAGAAAGAGAAGGUAAAACUUGGUCAGCGAGACGGACUCAGCGCAAAGGAUGUAGCCAAGGUGCGAGCAAUGUACAAGGAGGAAUGCGACGAUCAUAAGCCGGGAGGGAAUAGCGGCGAAGAUUCUUCCGAAGAGAUUUCUAUAGGAUGGAUAUUUGAUUAAAUUCGCAUCCAGGUAAUCAAAUUCUAAAACGCACGAUAAAGAUAUCCAGGUAUGAACAAGUCUACGAAUUGGAUUGUAAACGAAGUUUUGUGAGUCGAGUGUGGAAACGUU